AUGUGGCAGCAGCAGCAGCAGAACGGCUCGCUGCUGCUGCUGCUGCUGCUGCUGCUGGGCUCAGCGCCGCAAGCGGGGGCCCUCAACUCACGGCGCCACAAGUGGGGUUUCGUUUCCCCCGUGCUGCAGCAGCAACCGCUGCAGGCGAGGCAGCAGCAGCAGCAGCUGCUGCUGCUGCUGCAGCUGAAGCAGCAGCAACAGCAGCAGCAGCAGCAGCAGCAGCAGCAAUGUUGCCAUGGCAUGCUCGCGUUGAGGCCCGGGGGCCCAGGGCCUUGCAUGCUGGAGUCCCAUCUAGCAGCAGCUACUCCCGCUGCUGCUGCUGCUGAUGCUGCUGCUGCUGCUGCGGGCCGCAAUGCUGAGGUGGCCGGCGGUGCAGCGGAAGCAUCAGGUGGAAUAGCAGCAGCAGCAGCAGCAGUAAAUGAGACGGCAGCAGCAAGUGAAGCAGCAGCAGAACACGAGACGGCAGCAGCAAGUGAACCAGCAGCAACAGCAGCAGGUGAAGCAGCAGCAGCAAACGCAGCAGCAGCAGCAAACGCAGCUGCGAGAGAAGCAGAAGCAGCGACAGCUGCUGCUGCUGCUGCUGCAGCUGAUGAGGAAGCUGCUGAGGCGGCUGCAGCAGCUGCAGCAGCAGAAGCAGCAGAAGAAGCAGCAAAAGCAGCAGCAGCAGAUGGCAGCACAAAUCAUUUGCUGUGUGAUGGGGAAGUAUUUAAACGCAUGCAAGUUCUUAGAGAGAAAAUCUACGAGCUGCAAGCAGCAGACGUCCAGAUUGUCCGCGAGGAGCAGCUGCGGGAUGUGGCCCAUUUGCUGACGGAGCGGCGGCUGCUGGAAGAUGUGCUGCGGCUGACUCGGGGGGCCUUAGCAGCAAAAAUCAAAUCCACCAUUCCUGCUGCUGCUGCUGCUGCUGCUGCUGCUGCUGCUGGGGGUGGCGGUGGAGGCGCUGCUGCUGCUGCGGACGGCGCGGGGAGCGGCGGCGGGACGUCGUUUGCUGCUGCUGCUGGAGCUGCAGCAGAGGCAGCGCAGCAGCAGCAGCAGCAGGAAGACGAAGCGUCGAGGAGG